AAGCCAACAUCUGCGUUGAAGACAAUCCCUCUUGUUUGGCCGUUUGCAGUAUGGGGAUUAGAUACAGACGGUCCAUUCAGGACUGGCCAAGGGGGAUACACACAUCUAUUGGUGGCAGUCGACAAGUUCACAAAAUGGAUUGAAGCCAAGCCCAUCAAGAAGCUCGACGCCCUAACGGCCAUCAAGUUUGUUAGGGACAUCAUCUCCAGAUUCGGGGUACCUCACAACAUAAUCACGGACAACGGGACAAACUUUGACUCGGACAGAUUCAAAGGUUUCUGUGCAAGCCAAGGUAUCCGAGUGGAUUUUGCAUCUGUGGCGCAUCCUCAAACAAACGGACAAGCAGAGCGGGCGAAUGGACUUAUUCUGCAAGGUUUGAAGCCCCGACUCCUGCGAGAGGUGGGACAUGCCGCUGGCGCAUGGGUCAACGAGCUACCUUCAGUGCUUUGGGGUCUUCGCACAACCCCGAAUAGAUCUAUAGGGCGAUCCCCAUUCUUCCUCGUUUACGGAGCAGAAGCGGUCCUUCCGAGUGACUUGCUUCACAAUGCUCCACGAGUUGAACUCUUCUCCGAAGAUGAAGCAGAACAAGCAAGGCAAGACGGAGUGGACCUUCUAGAGGAGGAGCGCGAGAUGGCACUGACUCGCUCAACCAUUUAUCAGCAAGAUCUGCGGCGCUUUCAUGCGCGACACGUCAGGAGUCGUACAUUCCAAGCAGGCGACCUGGUGCUCCGAGUGGAUCAGCAAAGACCUCACAAGUUGGCU